GCAUUUUGACAAUUGAAACGUCAAAUGAGAAAGUAUUUUUUCCCCAACGAACUAUUAGCCGACUAACUGACAGACAGGCCAGAGAGCAGUGAAACUUGCAUUUCUUUUGGACAAAUUUUUAUCAUCUCGAACCAAGUGUGUGUUGCGUGUCAACUACAAUUCCAAGUGAACUCUAUUGAAUUAAAACAAACAUCAAAUACAAAAUGCGUCAAUUUGUUAGUGCUUUGUUGAUCUCCUUGUUCGUGGCCUCUGCCUAUGGCACCGCCUGCACCAGCCCCAAGGCUACAGUCACAUCGUUCAGUACCCAGGACGCCACUAUUUUGACCCAACUGGCUCAUGUUGGUGAGUUCACACUGAAGUGUGGCAAUGGAGCCAAACCCACUUUGUUUGCUGAAUUCCCCUGUGGCAAAGUAGUUCCAGUCGCUCAAGUUGGUGAUGAGAAAUACCAGGUCAGCUGGACAGAAGAAAUCAAGAAGGGCUCCAGUGGCAAUGUUGUAGUACGUCUUUUCGAUGAAGAUGGCUAUGCUAACUUGCGCAAGGUUCAACGCGAUGGCGGCAAGGUGUCCAAUGUCAAGUCAUUGGUUGACAUUACCGUCAGUACCAAGAGUGCCUACAAGGGUCCCUGGGUUAAGGCUGAACUUGUUGCCGCUCUGGUUGUCGGUGGUAUUGCCUACUUCGCUGUGACCACAAAAUCCAAGGUCCAACAAUAAACUACCCAACUAAUGUUGUGAUGGCAUUUUGGAAGUGAUUAUUAUUUAAUUUUCUAAUAGAGAUUUAUAUAUUUUUUUGUUUAAAUUCCAUACACAGACAUUGUACUAUUUAAUGUUAAAACAAAACUACAUUUUUUGAAUGAAAUUCAUUCACCUUAACACGACAUCAUACGAUUCGAUGAUUUAUAUGUCUUCAUCCAAUACCUCUUGCAACAGCACUUCAUUACAAAUAGCAUAGUUAGAUUUUGUUGUCAAAUGAUGCCAGUAUAAAUCUCAUCGCCGAUUGGGAAUUAUACUUUUUGUAAUCUAAAAUAAGAAUCGUUUAAGAAAAACCUUCUCCAAAAAGGAAUGGUCGUCUUAAUGAAGUAAAUCAAAUAAAAACAAAAAACUUUUUUAUAAAACCCCAA